AUGGCGCAAGAAGUUGCCUCGCUUCACGUCGUAGUGAAGGAAGCGGAGAGGAUCCUCUUCUCCCGUCCGCUGACGCCUGAACGCACCGAGAGUAUCAAGACGGUGACGGAUGGAUGCGUGGCGAUACUCAAUGACCUGCAAAGUCUGGUUGAUAAGUAUGAGAGUCUUGGUACUGAGGACAAAGGGAAGCGUGAUCGGUUGGGGUUUGCUCAGAGGGACGUUGCGGAGUAUCGUGCGCGGCUGACGUCGAAUGUAACGAUGAUCAAUGUGCUUAUUAGGUAUACUUUGUUCUCCAGACUAUGCUUAAGGUUACUGACUUUGCUCAGCACAUCUGAGAUGAAGGUCGAGCAAAAUCUCAACAAGCUUAUCACCGACACGGAUCCCAAUACGAGGGAAGGAUCGAUCAUGUCAACUCAAACAGUCGACAGCUUGACCCCGGCUGAAAGACUGGCAUGGCGUGAGAUUCGUAAAGAUCUAGAAGGGGCCGGUAUUAGUCUCGCAGCUUUUGAGGCCAAUCGGGACUUCAUUGUCAACUGGAUCGCAGAUGCGGUUGAAACAGACGAUAAAGCUAUAGGUGUGAAUCUGCAAGCAGAGUCUCCCUCAAAUGAGUUUUUGACAAGCCAAACCCAAAUCUCGGAGGCAGCCAAAACAGAAGUCACCAGCAUCCCCAAGAAACAUCGGAAACUCCCUAAUGGCCUGCUUAAACUGUACCAGUUCCUCUCCUUGAAGAAUAGAAGAGCUUUAGUUGCAGCGUCUCGGGGCGAUUAUGACCAAAUGUUCCGCAUCAUUGAGCCCGUGGCCACGUCCGACCAAAGCCUCUUGAACGAGCUCCUAUUCUCAGCUGUAUCCCGUGAGGGUCAGAAUAAAUUAUCGGUUGUAGAACGUCUAUUGGAAGAUGGAGCUAAUGUAAAUGCGCAGAAAUAUAUGCAAAUCAUGGGCGAGUCUACAUUCGCAACUCCGUUGGUAUAUGCCCUCGAACAAGGGCAGGAAAAAUUGGUGAAGUUGCUGGUUUCUCAUGGGGCAGAUCCGAUGUAUCAGCCCAUUGUCAACCCAAACAUAACUCCCUACUAUCUCGCCAUUAACUACGCUACCGCCGAUACCUUUGCUUUCUUGCUCCAUAAUGGACUAAACGUAGAUGGUAAUACCGGAUCAUAUUUCACAUCACCUUUACACGAUCUCAUGUAUUCGGAAACCCCAGACUUCCCAGCUAUAGCUACUUUGCUUGUUGAUGUUGGAACGGAUAUUGAUAUAUCUGUUUUUGACGGUCGUACACCUCUGAUGGAAGCCCUUUCAUCGAAUAUGAUUCGUGUGGCUCAGGUGCUGAUAGAUAAGGGGGCGAACCUCCUGAUAGACCUUACAGGUAACGGUCCGAAAUCCUUGGGUGUGUAUUUCUUAAGGAUAGAACUUCUUUGCCGCGGAGGCAUGACAACCGUGGUGAGCUACGAGAUGGCUAUAAUGUCCUAA